UUAGCAAAGAUCAAUUUGAAGUGUUGAUUGGAUUAAGAUCCGGUGGCCUUCCCACAUCACCGAAAGGCAAGAAAUGGAUGGAUAAGGUGGAUCUAUCGGUCGCGUUACGGGACGUGUUGGUAAACGAAGGAAUAGAAAAUAACGGCGUAAAACCAGAAAAAUUCCACAAACUUUUUACCUUAGGAGUACACACAUUUAAUUAUAAUUAUAACAUAUACGGAUUGGAUUGGAAAACAAGAGGUGUUUGGCGUAUAGGUUUGCUUCAAAAAGUUAAGCUACCUUUAUCAACUGAAAAUUUGCAAAUUAUAGAGAAACUUAUUAUAUCUUUGAUGCGUAUUGAGGAAACUUUGCAUCGUAUACGAAAAAUCCGGAAUGAAAUAUUAACCGAAAAGGCAAAAUUAUAUCGUUUCCGACGAACAUCAACAUGUGCCAUGGACUAUUCAAUUUGUGAACACGGUCGCAUAACUCGUACAAGAAAGGCCAAAGAAUAA